GGAAGUGGGCGGCACUUUGGUUCUGAAGAAGAAGAAGAAGCUCUCGGUGGUGCAAGCUCUGGUUCUGUCUCUAGCCGAUCAACAUGGUCCAACUAGUUGGUUCCCUCCGAAAAGAGCUGCAUGACACCCUCUCCACAUGCAAGGUGCUCGUGGUGGGAGCGGGAGGGAUCGGCUGCGAGCUGCUGAAGAACCUCGUCCUCACCGGCUUCAAAAACAUCGAAGUGAUCGAUUUAGACACGAUUGACGUCAGCAACCUGAACCGCCAGUUCCUCUUCCAGAAGAAGCAUGUUGGCAAGUCUAAAGCACAGGUGGCCAAGGAGAGCGUCUUGCAGUUUUGUCCCACUGUAAACAUCACUGCCUACCAUGACAGCAUCAUGAACCCUGACUACAAUGUGGAGUUCUUCAGAAAUUUCAUGUUGGUGAUGAAUGCUCUGGAUAACAGAGCGGCCCGUAACCACGUGAACAGGAUGUGUUUGGCAGCAGACAUCCCUCUGAUCGAGAGCGGCACUGCCGGUUACCUGGGACAGGUCACCGUCAUCAAGAAGGGACUGACGGAGUGCUACGAGUGUCAACCCAAGCCCACCCAAAAGACCUUCCCAGGAUGCACCAUCCGAAACACACCGUCUGAGCCCAUUCACUGCAUCGUCUGGGCCAAGUAUCUCUUCAAUCAGCUAUUUGGGGAGGAGGACGCGGAUCAAGAGGUGUCCCCCGACACAGCGGACCCGGAGGCUGCAUGGAAUCCCGAAGACACGGCAGCUCGCGCAACAGCCUCAGAAAAUGACGGGGACAUCAAGCGGGUCUCCACCAAGGAUUGGGCCCGCUCCACGGGAUACGACGCCGUCAAACUCUUCCACAAGCUUUUCAAAGAUGACAUCAUGUACCUGCUGACCAUGGACAAGCUGUGGAAGACGAGGAAAGCCCCUACGCCUCUGGUCUGGCAGCAGCUGGAGGACAGUGCGAGUCCUCAGGAGCUGUCCGCGGGUUCGGGUCUGAAGGACCAGCAGGUUCUGGGCGUUUGGGGUCUCUGCCAGCUGUUCCAGCACAGCGUGGAGACUCUCCGCUCACAGCUGCAGGAGAUGGGAGAAGGAGCCGAGCUGGUGUGGGACAAGGACGACCCCCCAGCCAUGGACUUUGUGACGGCCGCCGCCAACCUGCGUAUGCACAUCUUCAGCAUGAACACGAAGAGUCGCUUCGACGUGAAGUCCAUGGCGGGGAACAUCAUCCCAGCUAUUGCUACGACCAACGCGGUCAUCGCCGGACUCAUCGUGCUGGAGGGUUUGAAGAUCCUGUCCGGGGAACUGGAAUCCUGUCGUACGAUCUUCCUGAACAAGUGUCCCAACCUCAGGAAGAAGCUGCUAGUCCCGUGCAUCCUGGAUCCGCCCAUCGCCAACUGCUACGUCUGCGCCAGCAAACCCGAAGUCAUGGUCAAGCUCAACGUCCACAAGACCACGGUCCUCUCGCUGCAGGACAGGAUCCUGAAGGAGAGGUUCGGCAUGGUGGCUCCAGAUGUUCAGAUAGAGGACGGAAAGGGGACCAUCCUCAUCUCCUCGGAGGAAGGAGAGACGGAAACCAACAACAGCAAAUUUCUGGCUGAUUUCGGGAUCCGUAAUGGCAGCCGUCUCCAAGUCGAUGACUUCCUUCAAGACUACACGCUCCUCGUUAAUGUCCUGCACACCGAGGAGCUAGAGCGGGAUGUGGAGUUUGAGGUUGUGGGCGAGGCCCCAGACAAAGCUCCGUCCCCUCAGACUACCCCUGAAGAGGUGAACAGCGUCACCAACGGCAACAAGGACUCCGCCCAGCCGUCCACCUCCUCUAAAGCUCCAGCAGAGGACGAUGACAUCAUGAUCGUUGACUCUGAGGAGGAGAAUGAAGGGGCGUCGUCCAGCACGGCAGCAGCGACGAGCGGCACCAAGAGGAAGCACUCGGACGCAGAAACUGGCGAAACCUCCACCAAGCGCCCGCGGACGGACCAAUCGAGUGCAGCCGCUGCACCCACUGACGACGACGACGAUGACGACAUCAUCACUCUGGACUAACCCCUCCCCCUCCGAAGGACUCAGAACUCUCUGAAGGCUUAUUGUUUUUGAGUUAAGACUGCCAGUAGGUUUAAAUAAAACACCUUUUAUGAAGAACAAUCGACUGCCCUGCUUCGCCUCCCGUCACGUCCUCCCCUCCCCUCUGUGUUUGUGCUUUCAUACCCCCACCCCCCUCUCCUCAGACAUGACGCUGUAAAUAGAUUCUACAUUUUAAAACGUUUUGGAAAAGCUUUGGUUAUUGUUAUCGGUUUCUGGUCCCUAUAAAAUGCUUUUCUUGAUGUUUUUUUGUUUUUUUUAAUUUUUUUAUAAAUGUAAUGUAUUUCUCAUCCUACAUAAGUCAGGGGGGUUUUGUUGUUUGGGUAACAAGAUGUAAAAAAAAAAAAAAAAAGUAAUAAUAAUUUCAAGGAUUGUAAUAUGGAUCUCAGUCGUUUGUGCUGAGACGGUAACAGACAGGCCGGGGAGCCUGCCGCUCGUGGUUCUCAUGGUCUUGUCUGUUGGUGCUGUUGAUGUCCGUGUUUAGCCACGUUGUGCCGUGGGGUUGGGGGGGGGGGGUUAGUUUGCUACCUCUUUUCUAGAACGAAUUCUGGCUGCAAAUUCAUAACCAUUCCCUCCCUGACGGCUCCCUGUGGAACGGCACUGCGUCCCAAAGAGUCCCCGGCUAAGAACAAGCGGCUUAGUUCCAAGCUGGUAGUAGUUUAACAUGAACACCUCACGGUUACGUUUUUUAUUAGUACGACUCUGUUGCAUUUUGAGCAAAGAGGUUAAAUUUGUUUGGGCGGAUCGAGACUGAACCUCGGACCCGAGCAAGAGAGGAGUUUGCCAGAACCUCUCGCACAAAACGCAGCCGGUUAGCUCAUGCGGUCUUCUCCGAUGUCACACACUGUCCACAAUUUCAUAUUUCCUUGUGGUCUUGACUUGUUUGAUAAAAGGCUAUGAAAAAAAGACAAUAAACUUGACAAAGGCA